UGCCGGCGGUUGAGAAAGAACCAAGGGUAGAGCACACAGAAGCAGAGCAAGGUCCUCUGAUGCAGGAUGAAACUGUUGCAGAUUCACGUAUGUUGGAGCCUGAUUCAGUGCUGCUGGGGCCAGAGACAACAGAGGAACACAGAGUACCAGAAGAGACACAAGUGAUGUUGGAGGAACCGAUGCUAGAGGCAGAUUACCUGACUGAAGAGAUGCCAGAGACAGAACUAGAGCCUGAGCCAGAAAUAACUGCCAUUCAGAUGAACAGAAACAUCAUACCUGUGGAGGAAGCUGUACAACAGUUAGAGUCUGAAACUAAUAUAGAGGUGGAAGAUGAAAAAGAAGAAAAUGUAGUAAAGGAGGAGCCUACACUUGAGGCUGAUUAUAUAGAGGUUGAAGAUCCAGAAAUACAAAUGGAACUUGGGAGGGAAAGACGAAGGACACAGAUUGGGAGAUGGACUUGUAGAGGAGUUGUCCUACAGGGCAAAUGUUACCAGUACUUCACAAGAAACCUUGAUGCCUAUACUGCUGAGUUACAAUGUCAAUCUAUCUGCCCCAAUGGCCACCUGGCCUCUGUGACAAGCAGCUACAUUCGUGACGGAAUGGGCAAGUUAAUGGACCGGUAUGGCGGGCGCACUCGCGCAUGGCUUGGAGGACGGAGAAUCAUUGGUACAAAUAAUUUUGUUUGGUUGGAUGGAACGCAGUGGAGCUAUAAUGGCUGGGCUUUUGGAGAGCCCAAUAAUGCUGGUGGGAUGGAGAAUUGCGUGGAGACGUGGAAUGAUCUGGCGUUCAGUGAUGUACCAUGCGCAAUACCCAAACCGUUCAUCUGUUCCUGUCCAGUUUAGACAGCCAGAAGGUUAACCUAACCUGCUAUACAGUAACUUAUGAAAAAAAUAAUAAUUAAUUAU